GAAAAAGCCAGCAGAACUCCGGAAGAACUGAAGACUCCUGGCCGUUCGACCGCCAGUCCGCCACCAGCCACUUCUUCCAAUUCCGACAGCAGCGGCUCGCGCCACGCCGCCGCCACCACCACCACCAGUGCGGCACUGCGCCACCAUCCGACCUCCGCCAACGCCCACAGAGCAACGGCUCCAGUUCCCCAUCGAUUUCCAUCUGAUUCCGACCCUAAGUCCCUAUUUCGCCCAAAAUAUCAUUCAAAGAGUGUGGAAGAAUGAGAUAAGUGAUUGUAAGGAACAAGCUCAUUUCUCCUGAGGCUCAAAAAUUGAAAUAGUACUGUAUGAUAAUGGAUACAGCCAUGUCACUUAUCAGGGAUAGGUUGAAACAUGCAUCAGAUUGGAUGUCAUCGACAUUUGAGGCUCCAUUUUCAGGAGCUGUUCUUUUUGGAGUGCCUGUUGGGGGGCAUCUUUUUCUAGAGGGACUUCUCUUGGUGGUCAUCUUUUUCCUUCUCUCCCAGAAGAGUUACAAACCACCCAAAAGACCAUUGACAACGAAGGAAAUAGAUGAGCUGUGCGAUGAAUGGGUCCCAGAACCUCUUAUUCCUACAAUCACUACUGAGAUGAAACAUGAACCCCAAGUAUUGGAAAGUGCUGCAGGUCCCCAUGCUGUAAUUGCCGGUAAAGAAGUUGUAAACUUUACUUCAGCAAACUACCUUGGCUUAGUUGGACAUGAAAAGAUACUUGAAGCAUGCACUACAGCGCUGGAAAAGUAUGGUGUUGGGUCUUGCGGUCCUCGUGGCUUUUAUGGAACAAUUGAUGUCCAUCUAGAUUGUGAGUCCAGAAUAGCAAAGUUUAUAGGAACUCCUGAUUCUAUUCUCUACUCUUAUGGACUUUCUACAAUGUUCAGUGCAAUUCCAGCAUUCUGCAAAAAAGGAGAUGUGAUUGUUGUGGAUGAAGGAGUUCACUGGGGAAUACAAAAUGGACUGCAUCUGUCUAGGAGUACAGUCAUAUAUUUUAAACACAACAAUAUCGAAUCAUUAAGGAACACAUUGGAGAAAGUCACUCAGGAGAAUAAGCGAGCUAAGAAACUCAGACGUUAUAUUGUCGUGGAAGCUGUAUAUCAGAAUUCCGGCCAAAUUGCUCCAUUGGAUGCAAUUAUAAAACUUAAAGAACAAUAUAAGUUCCGUGUUUUACUGGAUGAAAGCAAUUCUUUUGGUGUGCUUGGUAGUUCUGGAAGAGGUCUUACUGAACAUUUCGGAGUACCGGCUGAAAAAAUUGACAUCAUAACAGCUGCAAUGGGGCAUGCUUUAGCCACAGAAGGAGGAUUUUGCACUGGAAGCAAUAGAGUCAUUGAUCACCAGCGACUCAGUAGUUCGGGUUAUGUUUUUUCUGCUUCUUUGCCUCCAUAUCUAGCAAGUGCUGCAAUCAAGGCCAUUGAUAUCCUGGAAGAAAAUCCUGCUCUCAUCACAAAACUAAGGGAAAAUAUCAAAAUCAUCCUCAAGGGUUUAUCCGAUAUAAAAGGUCUUGAUUUAGUAAGUGAUCCACUUUCUCCGAUUGUAUUCCUCAUACUUAAGAAGUCCACUGGUUCUUUGAAGAGUGACCUACAAGUGCUAGAGGAUAUUGCUGAUCGUGUGUUGAAGGAAUACUCAGUUUUUGUUGCGACCUCUAAAAGAUCAAUGCUGGACAAAUGCAACUUGCCUGUGGGAAUCAGGCUGUUUGUCUCUGCCGGUCAUUCAGAAUCUGAUAUGAUGAAAGCAAGUGAAUCUUUGAAGAGAGUUGCCGCAACAUUGUUGAUGGGUGAGUAACUAGGUGAUGCAGGUUUACAUAUCAUCCUGCCAAACGUGUUCUUCGCCACGACAAUACAAUGGGGUGUUCAAUUAUUAUUGUUACUAUUCUUGCUACUAGAUCUCUAACCCGUGCGUUGCACGGUCAGUAUUUUGAGAUAGUAAAAAAAUAAUAUAUUAAAUUUAUAGUGUAUAAAAAGACAUUGAAAUAAAUUGAAUUCAAUAUAAAGAUUAAAAACAUUACAUACUA